AUGGCUGAGGUUGUUGUGCUCAACACCCCGGAGGAUGUACCCAGUGUGCUGACAGUGCUCAACACCCCGGAGGAUGUACCCGGUGUGCUGACAGUGCUCAACACCCCGGAGGAUGUACGCAGUGUGCUGACAGUGCUCAACACCCCGGAGGGUGUACGCAGUGUGCUGACAGUGCUCAACACCCCGGAGGAUGUACGCAAGGAUGUACCCAGUGUGCUGACAGUGCUCAACACCCCAGAGGAUGUACCCAGUGUGCUGACAAUGCUCAACACCCCGGAGGAUGUACGCAGUGUGUUGACAGUGCUCAACACCCCGGAGGAUGUACCCAGUGUGCUGACAGUGCUCAACACCCCGGAGGAUGUACCCAUGCUCAACACCCCGGAGGAUGUACCCAGUGUGCUGACAGUGCUCAACACCCCGGAGGAUGUACGCAGUGUGUUGACAGUGCUCAACACCCCGGAGGAUGUACCCAGUGUGCUGACAGUGCUCAACACCCCGGAGGAUGUACGCAUGCUCAACACCCCGGAGGAUGUACCCAGUGUGCUGACAAUGCUCAACACCCCGGAGGAUGUACGCAGUGUGUUGACAGUGCUCAACACCCCGGAGGAUGUACCCAGUGUGCUGACAGUGCUCAACACCCCGGAGGAUGUACCCAUGCUCAACACCCCGGAGGAUGUACCCAGUGUGCUGACAGUGCUCAACACCCCGGAGGAUGUACGCAGUGUGUUGACAGUGCUCAACACCCCGGAGGAUGUACCCAGUGUGCUGACAGUGCUCAACACCCCGGAGGAUGUACGCAUGCUCAACACCCCGGAGGAUGUACGCAGUGUGCUGACAGUGCUCAACACCCCGGAGGAUGUACACAGUGUGAUGACAGUGCUCAACACCCCGGAGGAUGUACGCAGUGUGAUGACAGUGCUCAACACCCCGGAGGAUGUACGCAGUGUGCUGACAGUGCUCAACACCCCGGAGGAUGUACGCAGUGUGUUGACAGUGCUCAACACCCCGGAGGAUGUACGCAGUUAG